ACAACAUUGGGCAGAUACCUGCGAAAGCAGGUAGGCAGCACCCGUUGGACCCACUGACAUCCGAAGAGAUGACGGCCGUCUCCCUCUCUAUUCGCCAGCACACCGCUUCUCAGACAGAGAUCAAAGCGCUCAAGUUCAUGAACACUGCGCUCCUCCCUCCGCCCAAGCUGCAGGUGCUUGCCUAUCUAGGCAUACCGCUCGAGACUGGCCAGCCGCCGGAGCCUAAGCCAGACAAACUGGAGAGGCGGGCAGAGUCGCAGUUUAUCAACCCGGUGACUGGGGACGCAUAUAACGCAAACUUCACUCUGGUAGAUGGAGCGUGGAAAGUAGACAGCGUCGAACUGCUGCCAGAAGGCACCCAACCUAGCAUCACCCUCGAAGAACUCUGUCUCUCUGAGUCUGUCCUACGGAAAGACGCCCGCGUGUGUGCCUUGGCUGCUGAGGUCGGGGUGACACCGGAACAGCUGCAUGCGGAUGGGUGGUCGAUCGGGCUAGACGAGCGCUGGCCGAGGCGAAAGCGGCUGCAGCAGUGCCUACUCUUCGCAAGGUAUCAUAAAGAUGACCACUUGUAUGCGCACCCACUCGACUUCUUCCCGAUCAUCGACUCCAACCUGAUGGAAGUAGUACACAUCGACUUUGCGCCUCACCGGCUCGACCCAUCCAACCCACCUUCCAGCAAGGUUCCCCCACUCGAUGCGAAACUCGAGCGGCCGCGGAUCCCCCCUCCGCAGGAGAGGCACGAGUACCUUCCGGAGCUGAUGCAGGGGCAAGAGGGGUUCGAAGGCAUGCGAGAGGACCUCAAACCGCUGUUUGUCGUCCAGCCGGAGGGGGUGAGCUUCAAGGUCGAGGGAAGAGAGCUCGAGUGGCAGAAAUGGAAGAUGCAUAUCGGGUUCAACAGCCGGGAGGGCCUGACGCUGAAUACGAUCACGUACACUGACGGCGGGGUCGUCCGGCCCAUCGCAUACAAGCUCUCCCUAGCGGAGAUGGUCGUGCCCUACGCGGAGCCGCUCUACCCCCACCCGCGCAAGUUCGCCUUCGACAUCGGCGAGUACGGUAUGGGCACACUGGCGAACGAGCUUAGCCUAGGGUGCGACUGCCUCGGGACGAUCUGCUACCUCCCUGGGUGCUUUGUCAGCCAUUCCGGCGCUCCGGUCAUCGUCAAGCACGCUAUCUGCAUACAUGAGGAAGACGCUGGCCUGCUCUGGAAACACACGGACUACCGUCCGGGCGGGAGAGCGCAAAGCGUCCGUGCGAGGAAACUCGUCGUCUCCCUCGUCGCUACCGUCGCGAACUAUGAAUAUAUCUUCUACUGGAGCUUUUACCAGGACGGGGCGUUUGAGCUCGAGAUCCGCCUUUCAGGGGUGCUUAACGUCUACCUCCUUGCUGAGGGAGAGCGUGCAGGUCGGUACGCAACAGAAGUCGCCCCGCGCAUCGAUGCGCAAUAUCAUCAGCACCUGUUCUCCCUCCGCCUCGACCCUAUGAUCGACGGGAUCAAGAACAGCGUGAUGGAGACGGAUGUCGUGGCUUCGCCCUACCCGACCGGGUCAGAGGAGAACUUUGCCGGAAACGCAUUCACCACCAACAGCACUGUGAUCCAGACGACCUCGGAGGGGGAACGGCAGUGGAACGCAGACACAGAUCGGAGGUGGACGAUUAUCAACCCGAACAGGAAACACUACGCGAGCGGCCAGCCAGUGGGGUACAAAGUGAUGAACUGCGCUUUUCCUAAGCUGCUCGCUCAGCCCGGCAGCUGGGUCCGCAGGCGCGCGCCGUUCGCUCGGAGCAGUCUGUGGGUGACGAGGUUCAAGGAAGACAGGAACUGGCCCUCGGGCAAGUAUGUGCCGCAGAGCGGUGCGGCACCUGAGGACUCGCUCGUCGGGUGGAUGAAAGGUGAUGAGAAGGUCGAUAAUGAGGAUAUAAUCCUCUUCUUCACUAUUGGGACGAACCAUAUUCCCCGUCCGGAGGACUGGCCGGUCAUGCCUGCGGAUAUGAUGCGCGUGACGUUCAAGCCCGUGUCGUUCUUUAGGCAGAACCCGGCGCUGGAUGUCCCCAGUACCUCGGCUCAAGGGAGCAUGUACGCGUUCGGCGCGGCACAGGAACAUGUUGGUGUCAGCUCCCACUCAGACUGAGGUAUUUCGUCUAUUUGGGAUAUGUCAUUAGGGCAAAGAAUCAAGAGGAUCAA